AUGCCGAGCAUGAGCCAAUCGCUACACACUGACAGUGGCGCGCCAGCAUCGAAGCGACCGCGUCGUGAGCCGGCUCCUGACAUUUCGGCGCAUGUAAGCGACAUUCCUGAAGUAAAGUCGUUGGUUGCGGAGAACAACGCGCAAUCACGUCCAAGGCUCCGGCUGACCCAGCGCGACUUUCUCAACCAUGCGUUUGACGCUCUAGGUGCGGCGGCGAAGCAGGAUCCGAGGAAGGCGGAGGUGGCCCUGAGCUUCCUUGCGGAGAUGGCCGCAAAGCAUCAGGAGCUGCCACGCAACACCGUCAUUUCCAAGGUGCUCUACAUGUGGUGCACACCGAAACUGGUUGAGUCUGGCGUCCGCCUCGUGGAAAUUCUUCUCUGCAGCCGGGCGAAGAUCCCGGAGGCCUUCCUCGCCGCAUUCGACGAGCGCGUCGCCGCUGUGGCCCUCCGGCUUGCUAUUCAGGCACCGGUAGUCGAUGUCGCACUGUUUCGACGCAUCUUGGACGCUCUUCCGGCAGACACUUUCAAGCGUCGCGUCUUCCAUCCCCUCUUUGUGCACUGCCGCCGCGCCGCUGACGUGCCGCUGUGCUUUGAGUUCUUUGACAUGGCCCGUUCCAAGGAGCUGGAGAUGUGGGACAACGACUACAACGAAGUGCUUCGCACGAUCGCCGCCGCCAGGGACAAGGCUGCUGUAACUACCGCCGAGGCAGCCGAGCGCACGAACCUUGUCCUGGAUGAGAUGUCGCGGCAUCACCCUGUCCUGGGGGCUGCAAACGCGCAGCUGGUUCGUGAACUGCUCGGCGGUACUGUGGCAUCGGUCAGUGACGACGGUGUCUGCUCUAACUGCGGUGCACCGCUGCAGAGCUUUGACCUAUCUGCCGAAGACCGCGCGGUACUGGUGCACGACCUUGUUGAGAAACUCGUCAAGCCGCGGUUACAGGGCUCCAGCCGCUACGAGCCAGACACUGAGGUCUCAGAGGACAUUGUCUGUCAGCGGUGGAGAGAGUUCGAGGAGUUCAAAGCGGCCGCCGCGAAGAUGUCUUACGACACGGUCAUCGACGGCGCGAAUGUAGGCUAUUACGGCUUAAAUAGCUGGUACACUGAGGCCAAGGAUGCGCUGCUGCGUUCUCGCGGUAUCGACCCCUCGUCCGUCCCCUCGGCAGAUCGGUUUAGCGUGCCUUUUCCAGUCGAUGUGGCCCCGAAGUUCUCCCUCAUUGAGGACAUGCGCACAACAGCAGAGCGAAGCGGAAAAAAAGCGGUGAUUGUUCUGCACAACCGCCAUCUGGAGCACCCUACUCCGGAGAACGCCACCUUUGCGGCUAGAUGGCGGGACAUGGACGCGUUGCUGCCAAGCCCCGCGUUUCUCAACGACGACUACUGCUGGCUCUACGCAGUACUGAUGCGGCAGGAUUCUUGCAUCAUCUCUAACGACCAGAUGCGCGACCACUACUUCACGGUGCUGCAGCCGCGCUUCUUCGUGCGGUGGCGGCAGCGACACCGCAUCACGUACAGGGCGCUGUACAACAAGAUUGCGCGGGUCGCCACGUUGCGCAUUCAUCUCCCUCGGGCGUACUCGGUGUGGGUGCAAGCGUGCGGGGCGGCCUCUCAGCGCCACUGGCACGUCCCCUACAUUGCGAGCAUUGGCGUCAUUCACCAGGCUACGAAUCAAACGAUAAUGACGAGCGCCGACGUCGAUUUGGGCAAGGACGGAGAUGACCAGUGCACGGAUUGGAUCUGCACGCGGCGAGGCUCUUAG